GCAGAGGCGGAGCCGGGCGGGCGUUCGUGGCCCGGCCGCUUCCUGGUCACCGCAGGAGGAGGAGGAGGAGGCGGCAGGAGCCGGCUGCGGGGGUGCUGUUGCCACCAUGGCCUCGCUCUUCAAGAAGAAGACCGUGGACGAUAUAAUAAAGGAGCAAAAUCGAGAGUUAAGAGGUACACAGAGGGCUAUAACCAGAGACAGAGCAGCACUUGAGAAACAGGAAAAACAACUGGAACUGGAAAUAAAGAAAAUGGCUAAGACUGGUAACAAAGAAGCCUGUAAAGUGCUGGCAAAACAGCUUGUGCAGCUGAGGAAGCAGAAAAAUCGGACAUACGCUGUCAGCUCUAAAGUCACUUCUAUGUCGACUCAAACGAAGGUCAUGAACUCUCAGAUGAAGAUGGCAGGAGCUAUGUCAACUACAGCCAAAACAAUGCAAGCAGUUAAUAAGAAAAUGGAUCCACAAAAGACACUACAAACUAUGCAGAAUUUCCAGAAGGAGAACAUGAAGAUGGAAAUGACUGAAGAAAUGAUUAAUGAUACUCUGGAUGAUAUUUUUGAUGCUUCUGAUGAAGAGGAAGAAAGCCAAGAUAUUGUUAAUCAAGUGCUUGAUGAGAUUGGAAUUGAAAUCUCUGGCAAGAUGGCCAAAGCUCCCUCAGCUGCCAGAGGUUUACCAUCUGCAUCAACAUCAAAAGCUGCCACCAUAUCAGAUGAAGAGAUUGAACGACAGCUCAAAGCUUUGGGAGUGGAUUAGCUUGAUGGCAAUUUAGAGCCUGCCUUCUAAUUAUUCAGCUGUAGACAGAUGCACAAAGUGCAAAUACUCUUUCAGUGCAACUGAUUUCUAGGAAAACUCUGAAGCUUCAGAAAGGACAACUUGAAGUUGGUACUGGAGGAAGGAGAAGUGGAGGAUGUAUUAAAUCAAUUCACAGAGAGAAGUACCUUUGGUAUGUUCAUUGCAUGGACUCUGACUCUGGAUCAACGAGGGGUGUAGUUCUAAUGAUAAAUUCAUUUAUACCCCAUCCAAAUCUGUCCUCCAAAUUCAAAGUUUUCUUCUAUCUCAGUUCCUGAUAUCUCUCUAGAACUGGCUGUUCUGUGGCUGGUGAUGCCACCUCCUAGGACAGCACCUGUGUAAGAUUUAUCAUUUUUACAAAACUAUCCCUAUAGAAACAUUCUUUGUCAUUUUAGCACAAAUAAAAAUUCACCUUUGCUCUUUAUUAGAAACUAUUUUUUCCAUGAGAAAUAGCCUUGAAAGUCUAGCAAAUUUAAGCAGAAGGAAAAAGCAUUUUAUAUAAUUCUUUCAAAUUCCUGUAGCACCUUUUGAGUUGAUUAAAUAAUAGCUGAUUAUUCUUCUUACCGGAAGGGAAGGAUAUGCUCCUUGUGCAGGUAAUUUUUCUGGAAGAGGAUUUACGUUUGUUAGUGAACUUUGUUGCAUGAAAGGCACUGAUUGAACUCCAUUGUACUGUAACAUAGCUGGUUUCAACAGAAUUGCUGUGCCUUUAUGUACAUAAAUCUUGUACCUUUGUGAUUUUCUUUCAGAAUGAGUUUUUGAGAGGUGAGUAAACUUGUAAUUAGGAUUAAAAAAAAAAUACUAUGGUGAGACCUCUCUGUGCACCUGAUGGGACUCAGUGCUGGAGCUGAGAAAUGCACUUGUUCAAAAAAUGCAACUUGUGCACUUGCAAAAAGGACAUUUGCCUGAAGCAACAUUUGUAUAUAUUUUACAGUAUUUCUUAAUGGAAGAUAACUGUGCAUAACUGUAUUGUUUGCUAAGAAGCAAUUGAUCACAUUGAUAAGCUAAAUUAAGUUUUAGUUUUGAGAACACUUUUGGAUCAUAAAUGAUAAUUCCUUGUCUAAACACUAUAAUAAAAGUGUUCUGGUUCCGUGAA